UUCAGACAAGAUGGCGGGUUGGUUGGGAUCCAGUCUAGCCUCACAGCUUGGGAAUAUCAAGAGCCAGGUCUCCAGUAUGGCGAAGGAUGUGUUUGUUGAAGACGGAGAGCAGGAGAGAGGAGAGGCCAGUGGUUCCGAGGUCGACAUCUUGAGGGAUUUACACAAUAGAUGUAAAUAUUUGGAAUCAUUAAAUGAGGAAGCCGUUCAAGAAAAAGAGGCUCAGUGUGAAAAUUUUCGACAGUUGCUUUUAGAAAAAGAAGAAGAAAUUUUAGAACUGCAACAGAUGCUUGAUACUGAACCAGAAAUAGAGGACUCAGGGGGAGGCGGCAGUAAAGGCGAGAAAAAGCUGCGUGAGAGAAAUAAGAAACUGCAAGCUGAAUGUGAUAAACUCAAAAACAAACUCAAGGAGGAGAAGGAAAAGCUGACGGAGGAGAAAGAGAAGCUGACGGAGGAGAAGGUGAAGUUGACGGAGGAGAAGGAGAAGCUGACGGAGGAGAAAGAGAAGUUGACGAAGGAGAAGGAGAAGCUGACGGAGGAGAACAAGGACCAGAUGGGAGAGUUGAAAACCCUACGGCAGUUAAACCAAGACUUGGAGAAGGAAACUGAUAACCUGAAACUAAGGAUGGAAAAACAAUUUGAGAAACUGGAAGAAAAUCAUGCCAAAGCAUUAAAGGCCAAAAGCUCUGAGAGUGAACUCGAGAGAAGCAGGUUCCAGGAGCAGCUGGAGAAGGUGAUGAAGUACAACGAGGAACAGGAGGAGGAGGGAAUCAAGGUUCGAAGAGGAUUGGAGGAAGAGCUAACCAAGAUGAAGAUAAAUAUGAAGGAUCGAGAACUUGAAUUUGAGAAGGAAAAAUCAAGUUUCAUGAAACAAAUGGAAGAAAUGCAACAGAGAUUAGCGGAUCAGAAAGAGGAGAAGGAUGAGGAUGAGCUGAUAAAGAAGCAGACUGAAAUAAAUGAUCUGCGUUCAGAACUGUCUGAUACUGUGUUAAAAAUUGAAUCGGAGCAACAAACUAUCUUAUCCAAACUCAGAGCGGAGGAAUCAGUUAGCUCCGAGCUUAGAUCCAGUUUAGAGACAAAUAGGAAGGUGUGGGAGGAGGAGAAACUUAAACUUACACGUGAUCAAACCCAAACUCAUGAGAAACUGAACCAGCUCCAGGAAAAGUUGAACCUUCUCCAGGAGAGUAAGGAUGAGGAAACCCUGGAAAAGGUUCUCCUAGAGCUAGAUGAAUCAAGGGCUGAGACGAAAAGAUUAAAAAGAGAACUAUCGGAGCAGAAUCUUUUCCUUACAGAUUUAGUAGCAGAGAAGAAGAAGUUGGAAGAAUCAGUACUUUGUCUAGAGAAGGAUACUCAAGGUGCAGGCAACACUAGCAAUAACAACGGUGUUCGCCCCGACCCAGAGAACACCGAUAAAUUAAAGAAACUAUUGUCAGAGUUAAAGAGAAGUGAAGAGAAGAGUAAAGCUCUAGAACUGAUGAUAUCGGAGCUGAAGUCUGGUAGUACGGUAAACGGUAGUUCUGUUGAUUGUAAGAAAUGUUUAAAUCAAGAUGAUAUCUAUGAUAUAACGAGUCUAGUAGAGGAGAACAGAGACCUAAAGCAGAGUUUACACAAGAUACUCCAGGAUAAGGAACGGAAGAACCUAGCGGAGAGGAAGCUAGAGGCAGGGGAGCUGAGUAUUCUGUUGAAGAUGAAGAACGUGGACCUGGAGCAGAAAUAUUUCAUCCUCCAGCAGGAGAACUCCAACCUGACCAUACAGAACUCGGAGCUAAGAACCCGGAGUGAAACUUCGUCCGUAUUCAGUUUCCCUAGCAUCCCGGACGCCGAGGAAGCAGCUAGAGAACAGGAGAGGGGACGGGAACAGGACCAGGAGUCUAUUCGUCAACUGGAACAGGGUAAAGAGCAUCUAACUGCUUUGUUUGAACAAAGUCGGAGCAGCUGGGAGGAAGAAAGGGAAAAAUUUGCUGCAAAACUAAGUGAAGCUAAAAAUGAAAGCGAAGUUCUAAAUAUUAAAUUGCUGGAGGAAACGUCCCGUCUUGAAACACAACAGGAGAAAAAUGCAGAACACCAGAGAACCAUUGAAUCGAAUCUAAAAAAAAUAUCCAGACUAGAGUCGGAAUUUAUUGAGCUUGAAGCUCAGUUGGCUGACGGCCAACAGCGCUUGACUGAUUCUGAGUUUAUCAUAGUUGAAUUAAACGAAAGAAUUGACAGGGCUAACGUUGAACUUGAAUCCAAAACCAACGAGAAUGAAGUUCUCCGUUUUAAUCUUGGAGAUAAACAGCUUGAAACCGUGAAACUGAGUCAACUCCUCCAAGAAUUAGAACUAGAAAGAGAUGGAUUAAAGAAUGAAUUAUCAAUAAGUCGUGAGGAAGAAAAACAAUUGUCUAAAACCAUAGAAGAAGAAGAAGUUGUUUUGUCAAACUCUAACGAAGCCAUUUUUGGUCUAAAGAAGGAAAUAGAAACCUUACAGGGAUUGGUUUCAAGGUUCCAAGAAGCCGAGGUUGGAAAAUCUAAUCAGGAGAAGGAUGAAAGAGAAAACGCAAUUCAACAAAAAGAUAAAGAAUUAGAAGAGGCGCACCGCGAGUAUUCAACCUUGAUGAAAAGGCUUGAGACUGAAACCUCCCUGUUAACAGAGUCUAAAGAAGUUUGUCAGGAUCUUAGAGAACAAAUUACUUCUCUCAACACGGAGAUAGAUAUGCUCAAGGAUCAGUUCGAGAUGAACCUACGUACUAUAUCCUUGGAGAAGGAGACUAAACAGACCCAUCUAGAGACAGAACUUGAAUCUACCAGACUCAGAUUAGAGGAAACAUUGAAGCUUGAAGAGUCGAGUACAAAUUUUAAAUUAGAAAUUCAUAGAUUAGAAUCAGUCCUAGAAGAGAAGGUUGAAAAAGAAAAGGAGUUAGAGGAGAAGAUAUUAAUUUUGCAGCAGGAAAUCGCAAGUUUCGGAGCAAGUCAAAUUAAGCUUGCUGAGAAGAAUGCAGAGAUGGUGAACCUUAAAGAGAGUUCGGAAGAGUUGAAACAGGCCCUGACAGAUUUGAAAGGGAUGAAUGAACUGUUCUUGAACCGAGCUAGAGAUACAGAGAAGGAGCUGAAACUAGCCCAACGGAACCUGACUGAGCUUGAGAGCGCGAACCUCAGUCUUGCUCAGGAGGUUUCAGAACUAAGAACGGACUUGAACUCGAGGCUGGAGAAGGAACAGAAGCUGGAAACCCUGAACCAGAACCAGGUUCAAGAAAUCUCCGAGCUCAGAACCGAGUUAAACCUAAGAUCAGAAGAGGAACACAGGUUAGAGAACUUAAAUCAGAAUCAGCUUCAGGAAAUAUCCGGAUUGAGAGGUGAACUGAACUUAUGGUCGGAGAAAGUACAGGCUCUGGAGUUAAAGUUGGUGGAAACUAAAUCAAAGACAGUUGACUCCGAACCUGGAGAGGAACAACCUAAUGAGAUGCAUUUAGUUCAGGUUUUGAAUGAGAAAACUCGCGAAUUAACUCAGCUCCGGACUGAGAACUCGCAUCUCCACCAGCUCCUGGAGACGGAACGGGAUAAGAGGGAGGAGUUAGAACAAGGACAAUCCGAACUUAGGGAUAGUUAUGGAGAAAUGAAGAAUGAAACUAUUAAGAAACUGAGCAACCUAGUCAAGGAUAAGGAACUGGAGAUACAAAGUUUAACGGAGAAGAACAAGAGUAUCCUUGAGAUCCUACACGCGGAAAAACAGAGCUCUGCACCAGACCUAGAGAAGAAACUAUCCGUCCUGGAGUCAGAAAACAUGGGGAUGAGAGAAGAGUUGAAAAAGAUUGAAAACCUGCAGUCUGGGUUCUCAGCCAAGAAUACGGUUCAGCAAGCGAAUGAACUGCUCUACCUGAAGGGUCGAAUAGUGGAGUUGGAGAAAAAAUUGAACAUGGUCGGAACAAGGAAAACAAUUUUCUCCGAAGUCUUGGAGAAGGAAGAUUCUGAGAUUAUGGAGAAAAAUGAUCUUCAAACUAAACCAGGAUCGACGGAGAGGGAAGAUUUCAAAGCUUUAAAUGAAGAAUUACAAUCCCAGAUUUCUGAACUGUUAGAGAAAAUAAGAUUUGUUGAGGCGGAUUCUGUUCAAGCAAAAUCAGAACUCUCCAGACUGAUGGAGGAGCGGAAGAAUGAUGUAUCGGAGAAGAACCUUGAAUACAUCUCCGAGUGCCAAAGGUUACGAGGAGAUAUGAGAACCCUUGCUGAGGACAAAACCAGUCUGGAGACUAAACUCGCAUUCAGAGAGAACGAGGUUCGAGAUCUUCAUCGUGAGGUGAAGAGUGUGAUAGAUAAGAAGAAGUGGGUUGAGGGGGAGGUUGAAAGACUCAGAGCUCACCUGGUUCAGGUUGAGGAAGGAUAUACCCAAGAGCUGAUGCAGGGUGAGGAGCGGGAGCAGGAGCUGAGGAUGAGGGUAGGACAGCUGGAGGAUAGAGUGAAGAAGGCCAGUCUCACACAUAGUGAGGCUAGUCAGGAGGCCAGUGAGGCAACCUCGUCUUUAACAGAAGCUCUAACAGCAGCGGCCUCAAGUAGAGAUAGUCUAUCGGAGCAGCUCAAGGUUUCUCAAACCAAACUACGAGAGAAAACUAGUUCACUACGGAACCUGCAGCUCGCAUUGGAGGGAUUUCAAAGACAGAAAGAGAACGAAAUCCGUCAAGCUGAGCGAAGAUGUUUGGACAAGGUUGAAGCAGAACAGAGAAAAUGCUCCGAGCUAACAGAGCAGCUGGAAGCUGCUAAACUCCAGCUUGAAAGAGCAGGAGAGGGCCUGGAAGCAGCUACACGGUUAAGUCAGCAGCUUGAUGCUAAACAGCAAGUUAUUGCUGGACUAAAGCAUGAAGUAUCGACUCGAGAAGAACUUUUACAAGUUGCGCAGGAGAAAUUAAAAGCUGCCACUACUGCGCAGGUUGGUAGAGUGGAUAGAGAACUAGUGAAGAAUCUUAUUAUAGGUUAUGUAACCGCAGACUAUUCUAAAAAGGCCGAAAUUCUCCGAUUAGUGGCAACAGUGCUAGAUUUCAACCAGGAUGAGCGAGGGAAGACUGGUUUAUCUGUUGACGGAGCAGGAUGGUUGGGAGGUUUUCUCCGGGGUCGGAGGGAAUCAGGCCAACAGAAAACUCCGGCGCAGAUCAAUGAAUCUAUUGCCCAAGCAUUUGUCAAGUUUUUAGAAGAGGAGUCCGUCCCGCAGACUCCGAUCCAGCUCCCUGUUCUAGAGAUGGCCCGGAGUAAACAGGAACAGCUGUCUGCUCCUGCCCGGUCAUCCCCUUCUCCCCUUCUACUCAACCCUUUACCUACCCUCUCCCCCUCACCCAAUAUUCUGCAAUCAGUCCUUGCGGACAACGAAAAGAAAUAGUUUUAUGUUGGUGCUAAAAUAAUUAAUUAAAAGUAUGAUAAAUUUUUAAACUCCA